AUGUUCGCGACCAGAUAUCAGUCUACUACGGUCCCUGUUCUGCCACUAGCCCCUGCGCAGACCACACCGACCAAUACUCCAGCACAGGCAGGUAGCCAGGCAGUGCUCAAUCCUUCCGCUGAGCCAGUUUCUUGGCCGGUGAUGAUACCAAGUGACGCUACUGUCCCACAGAAUGUGGAACCAGCAAGCAAAGCUUCGCUCUUUGACGAGCGUCUGCCUCGGUUAUACUAUGAGAAUUUCCAUGUCGCCCAUCCGAUCUUAGUGCCCAGCUCCUUGUAUCAUGACCGCAACUACCCUCAUUUCCUACAACUAACGGUGCAUUUUGUCGGUUCCCACUAUAUCGCGUCUAUUCCGAGUCAGCCGUACAAGGACCAAGUUGUUGCGGAGCUGAAGACUAACCCUGACCGAUCGGCUUCCAUGGUCCAGGCUUGGCUACUUUAUUCCAUUGCUUUGUAUGCCCGUGAUGAAUGGGCAGAGGCACAGGAUGCCCUCUCUCAUAGCAUUGAUAUUGCUUUGGAGCUUGGGAUGAACCGUUGGUCAUUCGCUUCAGCGGCAAACCCCGAAAGAUCUCUUGAAGCCGAGAGCAUGAGACGAACAUGGUGGGAACUCUAUGUCACUGAUAUAUUCAUGGCAGUGCCGCUCAAAACCACGACAUUUCGAUGCAGCACUGUGGCGCCGGAGGUGGCCUUGCCAUGUGAAGAGUCGACGUAUAAUAGUGGUGAUGAUGUUCCGAAGCCACGGAUGAUCCUUGAAUUCAAGCGCAGAAUUCUCGCCGCAGAGGAUACUGUUUUCUCGUCUUUCAGCUAUCGCAUCGAAGCCACCACAAUAUUAUGCCGAGUUCUUGUCCUGAACCGAAUGCGCGACUGCCAUCGUGAUCAUUUGCAGGCUGUCGAGAAUGCACUGGUGAGCUGGAUCAACCACCUACCACCCAAAAAGCUCGAUAUCGUCGAUUCAUACGGCAAUGUCGAUGAAAUGAUGUUCCAAGCACACCUGACAAUAGCCUAUGCCGCCAUGCUCCUCCACUUACCCCGAAGCGAUCUUCCAUCCAUCUUGUCCCAGUCCCAGUCCCAGCCAGAUGACCGAUUCUGGCCUGGUCUGACCGGCCAGCUCUCCUCAACAUUCACCCGUCUCGUUCACAGCAUCAAAGCAACAGAGGCCUCGAGGCGGAUUUCAGAUUCCAUAUCUGUCUGUCCAAAUGUCUCAAAACACACACCCUUCAUCAUCCCCGCGUUGACUCUCUGCGGACUCAUUCAACUCGCGACGUCAACGAACCAUUCCGAGGAGUGCUUCGAUCAUCACUGUAACCGCGUCACGCUUAUCUUAGGAUGUCUCAAGAGCACCCAACGGACAUGGAAACUGGCCGAAUCCCUUUAUCAUGGCCUUCGAUCCUCUGCGGCGGAUGUCUUGUCAGAUUCUAUGGAAAGGUGGAAUGCACAACCACUACAACGAUUCACCCCAACAGCCACCAUACCGAAUGAUCCGGAACGUCCUAGCUCCGGUGCGAAUCCCGCCCUGGCCAUGUCAGAUGGCCAUGACUUCAUGCCGCCGGAGUUCUCCCCGGCGUUCAUCGAUCCAACCUGUUACAAUGCCUCUUUUUUCAGUGCGAUUCCUGAUUUUGACAUUAAUUAG